AUGAUUUUGAGGUCUUUGUUGUUUAUAUCUUUAGUUCCUUACAUUUUUUGUGUAAAAUCCGAGCCUGUGUUAAAUGAUACACAAAUAAGUACUACCUCAACUUUAGCACCUCCAAUGCCAACGUUUCCUGGUGAAGGGGGCAACAUAGCUAUAGCUUCCACAAAUAUUGCUGAAAAUUCAAAACAUAAUGCUACAAGUAAGUCUAAAAUAGUACCACGAAAGGGAGCUGAAUUACCAGUAAAUAGCACUGAUGUAAGCGACAAUGUGAGGAUAGACACUUCUGUUAAAAAUAUCACUACAUCAACAACAAAGCCUUCAUCCACAACUACAACUACAACUACGACUACAACCACAACAACUACUACAACUACUACAACAACUACAACGACUCCAAAGCCAAGAAAGCCUUAA